AUGACGACGGCAGCCCCACCCCCACCCCCACGUUGUGCGUCCUGUGGCGAGCAGCAGACGGGCGGAGUGCGCGUCAAAGACCGCAGCAGCUGGUUCUACUACACGGUCUCAGCGGCCACGCCGACGGAAAAGCGCCGAGCCAAUUUGUUCGAUCAAGAGCCAAGCGAGCAGAACAAUGCACCAGACGAGAGCGACAGUUAUGUGUGGAGCGUAAAAUCGUCAGAGCCGAUGCCGACGCGGGCGAUCGCGGGCAAUGUGCGGGACAAUAUUUUGUCUCGACUGUCGACGCUCCGAGCGCUCUGGAGCGAGGGGUACAUUACCGAGGACGAGUACGAGCGACGAAAAGGAGCGAUUGUCGAUGAACUCACAUUCUCGACGCUCGCGCCAGCGUCUGGGUUCCAGCACACGGUCACGCACAGAAGACGAAUGUCGUUUCGACGAAUGGAAGGGUUGCCACUGAUCGUGCCACAUGCUCCUGAUUUUCGUGAUGUCAGCCCCGAGGUGGCUGUGAAGCACGUGUUUGAAUAUGCCACGCGCCAGUGGAGCAGCACGCAAGUGCUUAUUCAUCUGGACGAAACACCCUUUUGCAAGGGAAGUCUGCGGAUUGUGUACCACUUGCAAGAUCUGAGCAUGAAGAGCCCCGGUAGCUUGCUCACUAGUAGCCGGUACACCAACAGCUAUGUGGCUAAACUGGCCAUCGAUCCGGAUGAAGAUCCGCAGACCUACUUUAGGGACAUCGAACUGCAGGCUCAUUGUGCACACUAUGCUCAAGUGUACAACUCGUAUACACCGCCAAAACGUGUCGAGUUCAUUCCAGCGUGGGUGUUAGAACUACCCGAGCGAAAUGGUGCAUUGUGUGCGGUAGAGGCCUACAUCCCUGGCGAGUACCGCAAACACAAUAACAAUUUUGGAUCCGUGAGUGAUGACGAGCGCAACACACCCCAGGCAUUUUCUCACUUCACGUAUGAAGCCUCGAAUCAUGAAUUGCUCGCUGUGGAUAUUCAAGGCGUAGGCGAUUUGUACACGGAUCCACAAAUCCAUACGCUGAAUGGGCACGACUUUGGAAAGGGUAACCUCGGAAUUUUGGGUUUCCAGAAGUUCCUCUCAUCGCAUCGCUGCAACUCAAUAUGUCGCUAUCUCAAGCUUCCAGCAGUGAAUCCAAAGUCGCGUCACGCUGACUCCGGCACGUUGCCCGUUCAGGAGCUGAUGAGCCGUGAUCGCGUAAGGCCCGCACACUUCGACUCACGACACUAUUACGAGAAUGCACCCAUGCUGCAAAAGUACGUGACGCAGUGCCGCGAAGUCGACAGUCAGUCGUCUCUUGCAUCGUCCUCGAGUUACUCCAGGCGACCACGCAAGCAACGCUGUCGAGAGGUGUCUGGGUUUGCCCUCUUUUGUAAAAGGCUGUUGUGCGGAGGCUGGUGA